GCAACACCGAUCUUGUUACCACGCGAUUUGUGAAUUUGGUUGAAUUUCUUUUUCUUCUAGUGAAUGAUUUUAGGUUUGCGUUUCGAAAUAGUUAUUUUCACUAAAUAAAAAUGUACGGACAGCAGCCGAUUAUUGUUCUGAGCCAAAACACAAAACGUGAGUCAGGCCGGAAAGUUCAAUUGGAGAAUAUCAAUGCUGGAAAGACUAUAGCAGACGUUAUUCGAACAUGCCUCGGACCGCAAGCUAUGUUAAAAAUGUUGAUGGAUCCGAUGGGAGGGAUCGUUAUGACCAACGACGGCAACGCUAUACUCAGGGAGAUCACCGUGCAGCACCCGGCAGCUAAAUCCAUGAUAGAAAUCGCCAGGACUCAAGAUGAAGAGGUUGGAGAUGGCACAACAUCCGUUAUAGUCCUUGCAGGCGAGAUGUUAGCUGUGGCGGAGCAAUUCCUGGUGCAAAACAUCCAUCCCACAGUGAUCAUCAGAGAGUACCGCCAGUCGUUGGAGGAUGCUGUCAAACUGCUGCAGGACAAGAUCUCUAUACCCAUUGAUUUGAAUGAUCGGGAUAAGCUUAAGGAAGUGAUUCGCUCCUGUGUUGGUACCAAGUACAUUGGGCGUUGGGCAGACCUAGCGGUAGAUAUUGCUCUAGACGCAGUCAACACUGUUACCAUUAAUGAAAAUGGAAGAAUUGAAGUUGACAUUAAAAACUACGCGAAAGUAGAGAAGAUCCCAGGUGGUACAGUAGAGGAAUCCAAAGUGCUGAACGGCGUGAUGAUCAACAAAGACGUGACUCACCCCAAGAUGCGGCGCUACAUUGAGAACCCGCGCAUCAUCCUGUUCGAGUGUCCCCUUGAAUAUAAGAAGGGCGAGAGUCAGACCAAUAUUGUGAUUAUUGGGGAACAGGACUUCACAAAACUGCUGCAGCUGGAAGAGGAGCACGUGCAGCGUCAGUGUGAAGACAUCAUCGCGCUUAAGCCUGAUGUAGUGAUCACUGAGAAGGGAGUCUCAGACUUGGCUCAGCACUAUCUGGUUAAAGCGGGCAUCACAGCCAUCCGCAGAUUACGUAAAACUGACAACAACCGCGUCGCCCGAGCUUGCGGCGCCACUAUCGUCAACCGUACUGAGGAGCUGAAGGAGUCCGAUGUCGGUACUCAGGCAGGACGCUUCGAGAUCAAGAAGAUUGGCGACGAGUACUUCACUUUCAUUACUGAGUGCAAGAACCCCAAGGCGUGUACGAUCCUUCUACGCGGCGCGUCUAAAGACAUCCUCAACGAAAUUGAGAGAAAUCUGCAGGAUGCUCUCCAUGUCGCCAAGAAUUUGGUGCUGAAUCCGCGCCUGGUGGCGGGCGGCGGCGCGGUGGAGAUGGCUGUGUCUGCGGCCUUGUCUGCCAACUCAUCGCACUCCACACCUUACCGCGCGGUCGCACAGGCUCUCGAAAUUAUCCCACGCACGCUAGCUCAAAACUGCGGUGCCAAUACCAUCCGUACGUUAACGGCUCUACGCGCGAGACACGCCGCGGGCUCGAGCACUGCUGGCAUUGACGGAGAGACCGGAGAGAUUGUGGACAUGGCCGUCAAAGCCAUAUGGGAACCACUGGCCGUCAAACUACAAGUAUACAAAACGGCGGUGGAAACAGCGAUCCUCUUGCUCAGAAUCGACGACAUCGUGUCGGGGUCCAAAAAGAAGGAUAACAAGGAGCCCACCGCGCCCGCCGAGGCCGCCAUGCAGGAAUAACUUACACUAACUUAACAGCAUAUUCAGAGACUAAUAAUUCUUAUUGAUGACAUUUUACCCCUCUCGCACUAUUGAUAACACCACAGUCCGACAAGGCUCUUUUGGCGCGUGGCCAAAAUCGGAACUAAAGCCGCCAUCUUGAGAACUGCACUUGUUGAUAGUUCGCUGUGUCGGCAUAAAGCUACAAUUGCGCGCUCACUCAAGUGCCAAAAGAACCUUGUCGGACUGUAUAUUACAGUACCGCUUUUAUGAGUUACGGGUUGCGCUUUUCUGCGCAAACGAUUUUUGCCGAUGUGACAUAUAAAAGUGGUAGUAU